AUGGCGUUUGGGAUCGGCUCCACCUCCUGGCGCUUUAAUCUCCCCACUGGCGAUGGACACAGCGGAUCCUCAGCGUACCUAGCUGCCAAAAAGGACACCUCGGGCGGAGCGGAGAUGAACCUUGACGUCCCGUUCACAGCCUCCCAGAGCAUCACUGUCGAAGCUAUCGCUUACGUGCGAUCACGCAACAGUCUGGGAGCCUCUUGCAAAGUCGACGUCCUCGUCGAUGAACUCAAGCGCGGAAAUACUGUUGAGGUCAAAGACGCAAGUGGUUGGGUCAAGAUUAGCUCAGGGACAGUACAGCUUACUAGCGGUGCUCACGCGAUGCGUUUCCAUGUCUCAAGCUCUGCAUCAGGCACGGGUCAGGAGUGUGGGUUCGACGAUGUUACCGUACAGCUUAUUGGUGCUGGCUGUGCUGUUACAUCUUCUACCACUAUUUCUGCUUCUGCUUCUGCUUCUGCUUCUGCUUCUGCUUCUGCUUCUUCUGCGACACCGUCUUUGAGCAGCUUCUUGACCUCAAUGGCCACCUCUUCGCGAGCUAUAGCAACGACGCUUUUGACAGUUUCGUCCACCGCAGUGCCGUCUUUGCCUACGACACCUACUCCAACUCCAACUCCAAGCUCAGUGGCACCGGAGCCGACUGACUCUUGA